UCAGAGAGAGAGCGAGAGAGGGAGAUUGAAAAGCAGUGGGAUCUCCUUCAGUGCGGGCUUCAAAAAUAAAUGCCACUGCAUCAUCCUGAUAUUCACAGCCUUUCAGGUGUUGUUCCAAAAGCACCAGGGCUGAUCGGAAGGUGCGGGCUCUGUUUUCUCAUUCCGAGCUUUCUCUCCUCAGCAUCAGAGACCAAGUGAAGAGAGAGAGGGAGAGAGAGAGAGAGCACCACGCAAGCGCGCAAAGAAGAGAUUGGACACCUGAUUUCGGUGGGGUGUCUUCGCUGGAGCGCUGUUUCGUGUUUUAAGUCAGUCAACCUGUAAUCUUUUUUUUUCUUUAAAGGGGGCCGUUCGGCACAGCGGGGGCGCACACCGCGGAUUAUUAUCAGCGCGGGCAAAUGGGGGGAGAGAAAGAGGACAGAUCGCUGCGUUGACUUUUGAAGCGACGCGCGAGUCCUGACGCUAUAGCGUUACGCAUUUAUUUUCCUGUGAGUUCAUUUUCCCCCCUCUCUCGUUCUCCCUCUCUCCUUCCCGCGUUUGAGUCGCACUCGCUGCUGCGUCUCCACCUGAUUUAAAAAAAGAAGAAGAAAAAAAAGUCAAAUAUUCCGUGGAGAAGGAAACAUAGCAGGGGUGUUGUCAGAGAGGGAUGAGAGGAGGAGGAGGAGGGGGCCAGUAUGAGGUGUGCUUUUUUUGGAAAAGCCGGAGAAAGACGGACACCGAGAAGGUGUGCUGAUGUGCGGAAGCCUGCGACUGCGUUGCUCUCCUGAGAAAUAAUUGCGAGCCGGAGAGAAAUGGCCUAGUUAGGAGAUCAUCGACACGCCGACGGGGGAUAGAAAAGAAGAAUCGUGCUUAGAUGGACGGGCCAUCAUCAUCAUCCUAUUCUUCAUCUUAAUUCCGGUGCUUGCAUCGCGUCUUUUAGGUUUAAUUGGUAUCCCAGCUGCAGCUCUGGACCCUUCAGGAGCUCCAAAGAGGAAGACAGAUGAGACCACAGAGUCUACUGGAGAAUGCUGUCUGGCCCUCAACCUCACCAUGGCGCUCUAGGAACACCGUUAACUUGCCCCCUUCCACCAAUCCUCUUUUUGCCUUUGUCAUCCCCCAUAUCCCACUGAGUUUGUGAUCCCUCUCUGCUCCCAGCUGAAGUCCCUUUGAUAUGAGUACAAGAGCUUUUAUUUUGGACAUGUUGUUUUUUCCAUUCAGCGCUGCCAGCCACCAGGGCUAUGGCGGGAAGUGUCACUAUUCUACUCAGCAGGUCGCCAAUCACUGUCUGGUGUGGCUCUUGGGACUAGUGCUGCACCUGACGCUUUCCUCGUGUCAACGAGUUGACCUGAAACACCCCAUAGUAUCCACGAGUUACGGAAAGGUCCGUGGUAUCAGGAAAGAGCUCAACAAUGAAAUCUUGGGCCCAGUGGAACAGUAUUUAGGUGUGCCAUAUGCCACCGCACCUAUUGGCGAGAGGCGCUUCCAGCCUCCUGAAGCCCCAGGUUCCUGGCAAGAGAUUCGCAAUGCCACUCAUUUUGCGCCUGUGUGUCCCCAGAAUGUGCACGGGGUGCUUCCUGAGAUCAUGUUACCAGUAUGGUUCACAGACAACCUGGAUGCUGCAGCCACCUAUGUUCAGAACCAGAGUGAGGACUGCCUUUACCUCAACAUUUAUGUCCCCACUGAAGAUGGUCCGCUCACAAAAAAACACGAUGAGUCUUCAAUGAACAGACCCAGGGAUGAAGAUAUUCGGGAUCGCCGUAAGAAGCCUGUGAUGCUCUUCAUCCAUGGAGGCUCCUACAUGGAGGGCUCAGGGAACAUGUUUGAUGGUAGUGUCCUUGCUGCCUAUGGAAAUGUCAUCGUGGUCACUAUGAACUAUCGGCUUGGCGUGCUCGGGUUUCUGUGCACCGGGGAUCAGUCUGCUAAGGGGAACUAUGGCUUGUUGGACCAGAUCCAGGCCUUGCGUUGGCUCAAUGAAAACAUCGGCCACUUUGGAGGAGACCCAGAGAGAAUCACAAUCUUUGGCUCUGGAGCUGGUGCCGCCUGUGUGAACCUUCUCAUCCUCUCCCACCACUCCGAGGGGCUGUUCCAGAGGGCCAUCGCUCAGAGUGGCUCAGCCAUCUCCAGUUGGUCGGUGAACUACAGACCGCAGAUUUACACCAAGAUCCUGGCCAAGAAGGUUGGCUGCACCACAGGGGACAAUGCAGAGUUGGUGGACUGUCUGCGUAGGAAGAAUUUCAGGGAGCUGGUGGACCAAGACAUCCAGCCUGCCCGAUACCACAUCGCCUUUGGUCCUGUAGUAGAUGGGGACGUGGUACCUGAUGACCCUGAGAUCCUCAUGCAGCAGGGCGAGUUCCUCAACUACGACAUACUGCUGGGUGUCAACCAGGGAGAGGGCCUGAAGUUUGUGGAUGACAGUGAAGGAGAAGAUGGAAUAUCAGCUGCCUCAUUUGACUAUACUAUCUCCAACUUUGUGGACAAUCUGUAUGGAUACCCUGAUGGUAAAGAUAUCCUCAGGGAAACCAUAAAGUUCAUGUACACAGACUGGGCUGACAGAGACAACAGCGACAUGCGCAGGAAGACCCUCCUGGCUCUGUUCACAGACCACCAGUGGGUGGCCCCAGCUGUCGCCACUGCCAAACUCCACGCUGAGUUCCAGUCACCCGUCUACUUCUAUACCUUCCACCACCACUGUCAGACCGAGGCGAGGCCAGACUGGGCAGAUGCUGCCCAUGGAGAUGAGAUCCCCUAUGUGUUCGGGAUUCCCAUGGUGGGGGCCACUGACUUGUUUCCUUGUAACUUCUCCAAGAAUGACGUAAUGCUCAGUGCUGUUGUGAUGACAUAUUGGACCAACUUUGCCAAGUCAGGAGACCCUAACCUACCAGUUCCUCAGGACACCACGUUCAUCCACACUAAGCCUAACCGAUUUGAGGAGGUCAUCUGGACCAAGUUCAGCUCCAAGGACAAGCAGUACUUGCAUAUUGGCCUGAAGCCCCGUGUCAGAGAUAACUACCGCGCUAACAAGGUGGCUUUUUGGCUGGAGCUGGUACCGCACCUCCACAGCCUUCACGAGGAAAUCAUUAACUCCAUCACCACCCGUCUGCCACCUGGAGGCACCAGCCGCUGGAAGGUCCCUCAUUCUGGCACUCGCUCAACACGGCACCCUGUGGUCUCUACCUACCCACCGGAUCCUGACCCUGACAGUUCAGAGAGGCCCCGCUAUCCUCCCUUCCCCAGCGAGACGAGGGACUACUCCACCGAGCUGAGCGUAACGGUAGCUGUCGGCGCCUCGCUUCUUUUCUUGAACGUGCUGGCCUUUGCCGCACUUUACUAUAAGCGGGACAAGCGCCAUGAACUCAUGCAAAGACGCCACCGCCGACUCUCCCCGCAACGCGGCACGACAAUGGGCAUGGGUGUUGGCAUGGGAGUCGUAGGGGCCCCACCGCACAACGACCUAGCGCUGAGUCAGGAGGAGGAGCUAAUGUCACUGCAGAUGAAACAGCAGAGGGUGGAGCUAGAGCACGGGACCCCCUUACCGUCCCGCGGUGUCCACGGCGACCUGGAACCGCUGCGGCCUCCCGUGUGCCCACCUGACUACACGCUGGCCCUGCGGCGAGCGCCCGAAGAUGUGCCACUGAUGACAGCUAACACCAUUACCAUGAUCCCCAGCACCAUUAGCAGCAUGCAGCCCCUUCACCCCUUCAACACUUAUCCCCCUGUCCCAGCCCCGUCUACUACACCCGUCCCCAGCCACAGCAACAAUGCCCUGCCACACCAACACUCCACCACCCGUGUAUAGGACCAGGCACAAGCUCUGCUACCCCACUCUGGGCUUACAGAGAUGCACCACACAAACUGCUCCAUCCAAACUCCACCUUCUCUUCUUCUUUACUCUACUUUUCUCUUUUCUCAUUAAGCCCUCAACUAAAGCUGCAGUUUGUAAGAUACGAAGCAGUGAAAUACCUCUAAACUGUAACCGUAACUCAAGGUGGGGGGGACUUGAUUAAGAAAGGUCCUUUGCCAAAACACCGUCAUACUAGAUGCAUACCGCUUUUCCCCGUCAAUGCGCUUUCAACAUCUGGUGCUUUGGAGAGCCACCAAACACGCAGCUUUAAGCUUGUAGCUCUCGCAGAGGGUUCUCAGGCUCAUCAACAAUCAGUCAGACAUGUAUUGUGGUAGCUCGAUUGUUUUGCGCAUGUGUUGUUGUGUCAGUGUAAAAACUAUGUUUAACGCCCAAUGCAAAUAUUCAUUUUCACUCAUUUAGCGAAAAAGACAAAACAGUAGCGAGCAGCUUUGUUUGAGGCAACAUAUGUCCCGACAAGCUGCCUGUCAUGAAGCGCUGAUUCCCUGAAACUUACAAAUUGCAGCUUUAAAGGCCCAAUCUGGAAGUGAAAUUUGGCACCCUGUGUUUAGCACUCUGUCCCAACAGCUGUCCCUCCAUUGUGAUUUUUGGGGAUUAUUGUUUAGCGUGAAAUGUAUUUGACGGGCCUGGAGGGAAAUGGGGUGGAAUCCACUGGAUAGAGAAUCAUGACUUUUUAAUUUUAAAAUGCGAUUUUAUUAAUUAGACAUAUAUUUACUGGUUUGUUUGUUUGGGUUUUUUCUUUUUUUCUUUGGUUGUGAUGCUAACUGAAUAACAUUAAGCAUCCCAUGGAGAUUAAGUUGCUCACGCUUAAAAAGAAAACCCAACCAAAAACAAAAGUGCAUACUCACCACUGCUGCUUUCAAAACAUUUCCAGAUUGAGGCCUCAACUGUGGGGCGGUACAGGAAAUUACUGAAUCCCACUCACUUUGUGGGAUGCAACCUGGAAUCCAGGCUGCCCAUUAGAAGUCGCUGCAUUUCAGCCACACACGCUCUAAUCACAUCCAUUACAUUAUUUAUCUUCAUACCCACAAUCUCUUUUGUCUGUGUUUCCACUUCAGCUCAUUUAACCGCUUCUCUUGUUCUCGCUCUGCAUCUGCCCUUGUAGCUCUUUUUAUUAAAACCAUCGACAUAAUCCAUCUCCAUUCCUUUCCUCUUUCUCGCAAUCACUCCUAGACUCUCUUUUUCCUUUUGGAGUCUUUUAUACAAAAACACAAGUGUAAAUGAUGUAUUAUUAAUAAAUUGUAAGGAUAUGAAUGAAAAAAAAAAAAGAUAUUCUGAUAUCUCGUUUUUACCAGCAUUCUUGGUGCCAAGUACUGUGAUAAAGUUCCUCUUUUACUGGCGUCCAGUGGACCGCCUGGAGAGGUCCACCCUGACUGUAUCUUACAAAAGGAAUUACCAUAAAAAAAGUGCCAACCCCUUCAUCUUUAGUUUUGAACCACACACUUUUUUUUUUUUUAUUAUUCCACUCAAUGUUGCACUGUGGCUGGUCUCUUCUUUAAAGGGAAAUCAGAUUCAAUAUAUCCUCUUUUUCUUUUCUUUUUCUUUUUUUAAAGGAGUUUUAUUAACAACUUUAAUGUGUGGGAUAUUUGUUGCAUGUUUGGAUUUUUUUCUGGGUUUUUUUCUAGAAGUUAGCUUGCCAUUUUGAUGAUUUGCCAUUCAUUUUAUUUUGAAAAUCUUUUCUUUUUUCUUUUUAAUAUCCCGUUUCAAUAUCAGCUGCACUUUGUGGUACUUCAGAAAGUAUUAAAGUAUUAAGAGAUGAAUAUUGUGUAAAACUAUGAUUAUAACAAAGAGAGUAAAUAUUUCCUCUUUAUUUUUUUCAUUCCCUAACACACCGAGGCUGUGCUGCAAAAACUACAGGAAAGACUGAUGAAAGCCUUUUUAACCCCCCCCCCCCUUUUUUUUCCUUUUUGUUUUUUUGCUUUUUGCUGUUUCUCUUUAUCUUUUGCAAUGUCGAGCUUGCACAGUCACUGUCUCUCAAUCAACCUGAAGAUAGCACUUUUUUUUAAAGUUAGGGAAAAAAAGAAAUGACUACUUUACACAAAGAGUCUAAAUAAGGUUUUUGUCUGUGACUGGACAUUAACCUCCUGCUUCAAAGUGUUUGAGGACUGCCCGACAGUUAUCUUUUUUCCGUCUGCUCUUUUGUUGUCCCAUGUUUCUGGCUUUUGCAAAAGGCAGGAGAAAGGAUGAGAUGUAUUUAUGGUCAAAAAAAAAAGGUGAGAGAGCCUUGUAUGCGCGUUUCACAUCUUUCGCACAAUCCAACACGGACACGGGUCACACUCUGGACAAUGAGGAGGAGGGGGAAAAAAACAAAACAAAAAAAACAAAGCAAACUAAACAGAAACGGUGACAUUAGGACAAACGCUGGACAAACACGGUGCCGAUGACAAAAAUAGCGACAGUACGAUCCGUCAGUGCGCAGAGGAUAUAUUCUGAAAACCCAGUUUAACAGACAUUACUCACACAACAUAAACCGUGAUCGCAAGGUGAGCGGGAUCCCCCGUCCUCUUCCUCUCUUGUCCCCCUCCUUCCUUGUGAUGUCCCGUCUGCUUAGGAUAACCACACUCUGGAGCCAGACUGCCAUCCCUCACGCUGGACUGGAGCAAGCUGCGAGGACAAAAGAACAACAACAACAACAACAAAAAAAGAACCAAAAAAAAACAAAAAAAGGAAAAAAAAGAACCCAACAACACAUAAAAACAAACUGUACAUUUUUUUUAAGUGUAAGCGAACAAAACUGGAAUUUGUAAAUAUUAUGUUUGUCGUUUGGUUUGACUGACUGGCCGGAUCUUUUCUUUGUGACAGCAGGUGCAAGUUUCGGUGACUUACAUGGUUUUCAAAUAUGUUCGAUUCUCCUUUGUUUCCUUGAACUCAAGGUCAGGUUCCAGUAGGUUGUGUGGGCACAGCGUGGUUGAGGGCAGCGUGAACAUGAAAAAGGAAUGUCUACGGCUCAGGUUCGCAUAGAUUGUGAUAAAAAUAGUCUUGCCUAAAAUGUGACGUACAGGCCUGACACUAUUCCAUCAAUCAUGAAGGCAGCUUUUGAGUGAAAUGAAUCCCUUCAUUGGUUAAAAAAAAAAAAGAAAAGCCAAAGAACAGUUGUGGAGAACACACGAAAAAAGAGGAAAUUGAGAAGAUUUGUGAAAUGAGGCUUGGAAAAAACAACAUGUUAGUUCUUUAAAUAUGCUCAAAAAUAGAAAAAAAAGAUUUUUUUUUCUUUUUUUCUUUGUGAUACUGUUGAAUUUACUUGUUAGUGUCUCACAUUGUCUUGGGCAUUGUCAUACAGUAUAACCUGUAAUUGGGAAGUUGUGAAAUCCUUUGUAUUCUUUUAGUCUAAUUUCAGACUCUAGUAACCACGGUGGUUGUUUUGCUACCUUUUUGCAAUCUUGUCUGCACAUUGAGUUUUGGGGAUUAUUGAUCCAGCUGUUUGUUAGUGAGUUUAAGUUAGCCACAGCAUAACAAAAUGUGUGUUUUUCUUUCCUUCUUUCUUUUUUCCUUCUUUUUUGGAAAUGAGGGAUUUGGACGAGCCAACAGAUAACGGAAGCACACUCACCAAGUUUACAUGUUUACACUACAGUUUUGAUGUUGGCUUAAGGUAAAGGGAGAAAGUAUUACACUGAUCCAAAUAUCUUCUUCUUCUUAUAUAAGAUUUAAUGCCGGAAAGGUAAAGUGAAGGCUUGCACCUGUUUGUCUGUUUCAUUUGAUUCAGUAAAACCUGCUUGAGGCUCAAGAGACUGUGAGAGAGCAUAAUGACCAGAAGGGGUUGAAAGAAUUAAAGUUAAUAUUUCUAUUUCAAAUAGAGGCUAUUACACACUGUAUGUUGUGUAUCUGAACUGGAAAACAUUAAAAGACAUUCUUAAACAAA